AUGUGUUUUACCUCAAAGCAAGAAGUGUACAUAUUUUAUGCCAAAUAUGCUAAACAUGUUGGGUUUUCUAUAGCUUGUAAAACACAAGUUAUUGGCGAUGAUGGGGAAUUAAGAUACUUUGAAAUUGAAUGUUCUCGAUCGGGGAAGAGAAUUAAAAAAUCAGAAGUAAACCCUUUAAAGCCAUCUCUGUCCACAAAAAUUGAUUGCAAAGCAAGGGUACGAGCAAGCCUACAAACGGAUGGGAGAUUUAUGUUAACCACAGUUAACCUUGAGCAUAAUCAUGACUUGAUCCCCACCGACUCACGCCAUUUUGCAAUGAAUAAGAAAAUCCUUAGUCCUGUGAAGAGAAGAUUAGAAAUUAAUGAUCAAGCAGGGAUUGGGGUGUUUAGGAAUUAUAACUCAAUGGUUGUUGAAGCUGGGGGUUAUGAGUCUUUAACAUUUGAUGAACGAGAUGCAAGGAAUUACAUUGAGAGAGCUAGAAAAUUGAGGCUUGGAGAAGGAGAUUCCGAUGCACUUCAAAAGUAUUUUUUGAGAAUGCAUGCACAAAAUUCGAGUUUCUAUUAUAUGAUUGAUGUCGAUACUGACUUUCGCAUAAGAAACUUGUUUUGGGCGGAUACAAUGAGUCGGACGGCUUAUGAAGAAUUUGGAGAUGUUGUUUCAUUUGACACAACUUACCUCACUAAUAAAUAUGAUAUGCCAUUUGCUCCGUUUGUAGGAGUUAACCACCAUGGACAGUCGAUUUUGCUUGGCUGUGGCCUAUUAUCUAGCGAAGACACUGAUACAUUUGUUUGGCUAUUCAAAUGCUGGUUAAAUUGCAUGCCAGAUCAUCCUCCAAAAGCUAUAAUAACUGAUCAGUGCAAAGCUAUGCAAAAGGCUAUAGAAAUAGUCUUCCCCAAUGCUCGACAUCGAUGGUGUUUAUGGCAUAUCAUGAAGAAGAUUCCGGAGAAGUUGAAAGGGUAUUCCCAAUAUGAAUCCAUGAAGAUGGAUUUGCAAAAUGCAGUCUAUGGCACUUUCACAAAAGAUGAAUUUGAGAUGAAAUGGAAAGAGAUGAUUGCAAAAUUCAAUCUUUAUGAGAAUCAGUGGUUGGGGGUGUUAUAUGAUGAGCGACAUCGAUGGGUUCCUGUCUAUGUCAAAGAUAUUUUUUGGGCUGGCAUGUCAACGACACAACGAAAGAAAGAGAAGAAAGCUGACUUCAAGUCUCGGCACAAAGUCUUUGAUUGCCUAACUGUGUAUGGUUUUGAGAAACAAUUUCAGGAUGCGUACACCAAUGCAAAAUUCAAAGAAGUUCAAGCUGAGAUGAAGAGGCUAGUUUAUUGUCAACCGUUUCUUGUCAAAGAAGAGGGUUCAAUUUGUACAUAUUUUGUGAAGGAAGCUGUGGUAGUUUUUGGGAAGAUGAAACAUGUGGACUUCGUUGUCUAUUAUAAUUCGACUGAAUUUGAUGUGCAAUGGAAAAUAAAACUUAUUGACCGUGGGUUGGAUGAAAUCAAGACGAAAGUGAUGAAAGAUGAUGAAGGUGGUGGGAGUAAUGUAGUACCUUCAACUAGUAAUGUACCACCUAUUACUAGUAAUGUCCCAUCUUCCCCGAUUGGCAACAUUAAUAGAAAGGGUACUAAAGUGAUUGGAGGUGAAGGUGAAGGUCAAUGUCAAUAUCAACCUGAACGUAAUGUACGUAGAGAGCUUUAUCCUUAUAUGGUUGGCAUGGAAAAUAGUAUGUGUGUGCCGAUUUAA